UCUCAACAUUGAAAAAUAUAAAAGGCCAUAAAUUCUCAACAUUGAAAAAUAUCAGUACUUCGUUACUCUUACGGUCUUACCAAAGCUCUACAUUAUUUUCGUCAAAAUAAAGCUCAAAAUCUACGUUAAUGGCAAUGAAUCUGACCCAGCAAAUGGGAUCACUCUCAGGAACACAACUCACAUCCGAAACCACCACCGGUUCCUCAUCAUCAACAAUUACAACAAUAACACCAAUCUCAUCUGUAUGGAAUAAUCCAAUAACACCAUCCUUAAAAUGCAAAAUCAUCCAUUCAGGAGUCGAAAACCUAACCGACACUCUCUCUCCUCCCGUAAGUCCAUGCCGAUCGCCUCUCCGACCGGAUCUAGCGGCGGCGUUUCAAGCAUUCACAACUAUAACGGAAUCGGAACUUACAGCGGCUGAGGAAAGCGAUUGUAAAGUAUUAGGGUUUCAAUCGGCGAGGAAUAAGGAUGAAAAAGGAGUUCCGGUUUAUGUGAUGAUGCCGUUGGAUAGUGUGAAGAUGGAUAAUAGUGUGAACAGGAGGAAGGCGAUGAAUGCGAGUUUGCAGGCGUUGAAGAGUGCGGGAGUGGAAGGGAUAAUGAUGGAUGUGUGGUGGGGAUUGGUGGAGAGGGAUAAUCCAGGGGAGUAUAAUUGGGGUGGGUACAUGGAGUUGUUGGAGAUGGCGAAGAAGUAUGGGUUGAAGGUUCAAGCCGUUAUGUCGUUUCAUCAGUGUGGUGGUAAUGUUGGUGAUUCUGUUACAAUCCCUUUGCCGAAAUGGGUAGUGGAAGAAAUGCACAACGAUCCGGAUCUUGCAUACACCGAUCAAUGGGGGAGGAGGAACUUCGAAUAUGUGUCUCUUGGUUGCGAUAGCCUCCCUGUCUUGAAAGGGCGAACACCUGUGCAGUGUUAUGCUGAUUUCAUGCGUGCUUUUCGUGAUCAGUUCCAACAUCUUCUCGGCCACACUAUUGUGGAAAUACAAGUUGGAAUGGGUCCUGCUGGUGAGUUACGCUACCCUUCGUAUCCGGAACAAGAUGGAACAUGGAAGUUUCCGGGAAUUGGAGCCUUCCAAUGUUUUGAUAAGUAUAUGAACAGCAGCUUAAGAGCGGCCGCAGAAGCUGCUGGUAAACCCGAAUGGGGUCACUCAGGUCCAACUGAUGCUGGCCAUUAUAACAACUGGCCGGAAGACACCCAAUUCUUUUGUAAGGAAGGUGGAGGUUGGAGCACACCAUACGGUGAAUUCUUCCUCACUUGGUACUCUCAAAUGCUCUUAGAUCAUGGCGAGAGGAUCCUUUCGUCAUCCAAUGAAAUCUUUAAGGACACGGGUGUCAAGAUUUCGGUAAAAAUUGCUGGCAUUCAUUGGCACUAUGGAACUCGGUCCCAUGCUCCCGAACUAACCGCUGGGUACUACAACACAAGGUUCCGCGAUGGGUACCUUCCAAUUGCCCAGAUGUUGGCUCGUCAUGCUGCCAUCUUCAACUUCACUUGCAUUGAGAUGCGUGAUCAUGAGCAGCCGCAGGAUGCUUUGUGUGCACCUGAGAAGCUCGUGAGGCAAGUGGUUUUGGCCACUCAAGAAGCGGAGGUUCCCUUGGCUGGGGAAAAUGCAUUGCCGAGGUAUGAUGAGCACGCUCAUGAGCAGAUUAUGAAGGCGUCAGCGUUGCAAGUGGGCGAAAACUCAGGCGAGAGAGAAAUGUGUGCGUUCACUUACUUAAGGAUGAACCCGCAUUUGUUCCAGGCCGAUAACUGGAGGAUGUUUGUGGCGUUUGUAAAGAAAAUGAAAGAAGGGAAGGAUGCCCACCGGUGUAGGGAGCAAGUCGAAAGAGAAGCCAAGCAUUUCGUUCAUGUUACUCAACCGCCCGUACAAGAGGCUGCAGUUGCCUUAAUGCACUAGUCGAAAAUUUUGAAGGACGCAAAUGUCGAGCAAUACGAUGUAUCAGCCGAGCAUUUUGUGCAUGUUACUCAACCACUCGUACAAGAGGCAGUGUUUGCCUUAAUGCACUAGUCGAAAAUUUCAAAGGGCGCUAAUGUUAAGCAAUACGAUAUAUUAUACGCUGCCAUGAAUCAGAAUCGGUAAUUUGUGCCUUACGUCUUUCAUACUGUUUGUCAAAUUGUCGUAUUCUGCAUUUGAGUAAUCUGUACAGUCUUUGUAUUAUUAUGGUUUUUAUGUUCUUCCAUGUGAAGUAAAACCCUUUGAAAACUGCUAAUAUCCAGUAAUCUUACACCCAUUGUGAUUCUUGAUAAUGUUAUAAUAUACUCAUUGAUUUCACAACCGGUUUUACUUUGACUAGAUGAAGCCCUAGCAGCUUCAACAGGGCUGCCUCAUUCCAAACCACCAAAAUUUAAAAACUUGAUCCGGCACACAAGUCGAGAAUAAUGGGUUGACUUAGUUGUCGAAUGUUUUUUUCAAAUUGGAUAUAGGUUUCGAUCCUCAUCAUUGUUAGACCGUAACAAUUCGUUACAUAAUUACCCUAUGUGCCCACUGAUAUGGACAUACCCAAUCCA